AUGGUCAGAUACAGGCCACACAAAGCCAAAUGGGCAGCCUCUCUCACCAAGUGCAGAAGAGUGACUGUGCUGGAGUCAAGACACAGAAGAAUGAAUAUCCGGCUGAGAGGUAUCCCUGAGAGAGUUGGUGGUGAGGAUCUACUACACUUUAUUCGGAGGUUGAUUGCCAAAAUGGGCCUUAUAGGUGGAGCUGACCCCUCACCUGUGAUAUCGGUGUUUAGAGUCCGAAAAGACCGAGCACCAAGAGACACGAUCAUCGUAACUAAAGAUGUCACAGCAAGAGACAAUGUUAUGGCUCGACCCAGUGCCCCUGGUUUAGUUUCACCUCUCUAUGUAUCACACAAAGAAACCCUACCCACCUUAGCUGCCCAGAGGCUCCCACCUAUCAGAGUAAAAUAG